UUAGUAUUCAAACACUUGAUAUAAGUCGAAAUAAAGUUGGUUUUAUCGUCGGAGAUAUUGGUAAUUUAUCGGAUAUUCGACAUCUUCGUUUAUCUCAAAUGGAUCUUGAUACACUUCCACCAGAAAUAGGUUUCUGUGAUAAACUUGAAACAAUUGAUUUAACUGGUAAUCCAAUAGAUAAUUUACCAGAAACACUUGUUGAAUGUCGUCAAUUAUAUGAAUUUAAAAUUAAUUAUAAAACAUUUUAUAAACUACUUGAUAAUUAUAUGUUAGAAUUAAUUGAUGAAGGAAAAAUACGUUCAGAACAUAUACCACAAGUUAUAUAUGAACUUGAAAGUUUACUUGUAUUAGAUUUAAAUCAUUCAAAACUAAAUUUCAUAUCAAACGAACAUACAUUAUUAAAUCUUAAUGAAUUAUAUUUAGCACAUAAUUCAUUUACUGAUAUACCUGAAUCAUUAUCUACAAUGGAUCAAUUAAAACUACUAGAUAUGUCACAUAAUCGUAUUCAAAAUAUUCCAGAACAUUUUAUUAAAAUAAAACGAUUAGAAAUAUUAAAUUUAUCAAAUAAUAAUCUUACUAUUUUACCAAGUAAUAUUGCUCAAUUGACAACAUUAAAAAAAUUAAUUGUUAGCCAUAAUCAAAUUGAUACAAUUGAAACUGGAUUUUCCCAAAGUCAAUCAUUAACAGGACUUGAUUUAUCAUAUAAUAAAUUAACAUUCGUUUCUGAUGAAAUAUGUUAUCUAAAAAACUUAGAAACACUUGAUUUACGAUAUAAUCAAUUAGUAUCACUUCCAUUAUCUAUGCGUCAUAUAACCGGUCUUAAAAAAAUGCAUAUGUUUGAUGAUAGAUUUCAACGUUUUGGUCUUCAUCUAUCAGGAAAUUCAAUAACCGAUCCUCCAAGUCAUAUAUGGAAAGGAACUACCGUUAAGAAUUUAUUUGAUUAUAUGGAAACAAAAGAAAAACGUCUUUUAAAUAAUUUUUAUCAUCUAAAAUUAAUAUUAUUAGGACCAAAAAAUAUUGGUAAGACAACACUUUCAAUUAAACUUAUUAAUAAUCAUAAAAUGAUUUCAAAUACACGAAAAACUCUUGAAAUGUAUGUAUCAAUUCUUCAAGAAAAACGAUUAGAAUUAAAUAAAGACGAUUCGCCUCAAGCAUCAAGUGAUAUCGCAUCAUCCGUUCUAACUGAUGAAUGGAUUGAAAAUCGUGUAUCAUCAUCUAAUAAUGAAAAUUUCCUUAAUCGAAAAGAGAAAAUCAAACGAGUUUAUCCUCCACCACUUACAACAUAUCAAUCAAAUGAAUUAUUCGAAAAUUAUAUAAAUAAAUCAACAAUUAUAACAAAAAAUAAUUUAUAUUGUACAAUAUUUGAUUUAACAAGUGAACCGAAUUUUGAAAUACUUAAUCCAUUAAUUUAUGAUUCCAAUGCUUUAUUUAUUCUACCAAUUAAUUUAACUAUUCUUUUAAAUAUUGUUCAAGCAGCAUCAAGUUUAGAUAAUUUCGAUGAAAAUGAUAAUAAUAUAUCAAUUAUUGAUUAUGAUGCAUUAUUAACAGAUGAUUGGUUAUAUUUUCAUAUAUUUCGUUAUAUUGAAUCAAUAUCGAAUUAUUGUAGUCAAGCAUCAAUUGCAAUUAUUGGAUUAAUUAAAAAUUAUCAAUUAGUAUCCAAUGAUCAACAACAACAACUUCUCGAUGAAAUACAUUCGAAAGUAAAUAUGUUUUUAACUGAUGAAGAAAAUCAACGAACAAAUAUAACUUUAUAUUCGGAAUUAUUUUCGGAACCAAUUCAUUUAGAUAAUGAUGAUAUGUCUAAUGUAAUUGAAACAUUUGAAAUAAUUUCACAACAAUGGAAUAUUGUACAUCAUAAAGAAAAACGUCAAAUUCUUAAACGAAAAUUAGGAUUUAUGGCACAAGAUUCUUUAACAAUUGAUUAUGAUAUUUGUUUCAAAGAUUUUCAAAAACAAAAUGGAACAUUAUCUGCAUCAUCUUCAGAUGAUAAUGAAGAACAAAAAACUGAAAUAACUGAAGAAACAGAACAAACCGAAGGAAAAGAACAAGAAGAGAAUAAUAACGAAGAAGAAGUAGAAGAAGAAGAGGAAAAAAAUGAAAUAGUUGAAAAUGAAAUCAAUCAAAUGACAUUUGAUGAAUGUCUUGAUUAUUUAAAAAUUACAGGUGAUAUUAUUUACUUUAAUCAAGGUUCACAAAAAAUAAUUCUUAUAAAACCAUAUUAUCUACUAAAUAACGUUUUAUCACGUACUGUAUUUCGUCCGCAUAUCGAUCAAUGGUUAAAUUAUGAUGAAAAUAUGAUAUUUCAUUUUGGUGGUUAUUAUCCUACGAAAGAAUUAUUUGAUAUUGAUCGACAACGUUUAUUAACACGCGGAGAAUAUACAUGGAAAAUGCUUAGUAUUUUAUUUAAAGAACAAAAUAAUAGUACUCAUAAUUUAGUUGAACAAAAUCUUAUUGAUUAUUGUCGUUUAAUGGAGCGUUUAUAUCUUGGUUAUGUUAAUGAAUCAAAUUUAAAUUAUCAAGAAUUUACAACACUUUAUUUUAUAUGUCCAUGGUUAAUGAAUGAGAAAUCAUCGGAUAUUGAUUAUAAAGAUUAUUUUAAAUUACUUGAACAAAAUCGUAUAUAUGAACAUUUUAAAUGUGAACGAACAAGAAAAAUUAAACAACAACAAUUAUGGUUUGCUGCAGAUAUUAAAAAAGCACAUAUUCCAAAUGUUGACUUAAUACAAGAAAAUGCAGAAAAAUCUACUGACGAUCAAUUUCCUAAAAUUGAUGAUGUACCAUUAAUCAAUGAAAUACAAGUAUCAAAUUCACAAAUAAUUAAUCAAGGUAAAAUCGAAACAUUUAAAAUUGUUAAUGAGAAUUCAAAUUUUCUACCAAAUGGUCUUUAUGAAAGAUUAUUAAUAUGUUUACAUGCUUUAUUUUAUGAACGACUUGAUUAUUAUAAUAUUACUAUAGGAAGAACUGUAGAAAAGAAUUUAAUUAAAAUUGAACGAUCUGAUUCUGAAACAGAAAUCAAUAUUACAAUUAGCAGUUAUCUACUCGAAACUAUACAAAAUCUUCUCAUUCAAAAUCUUUUCUCAUUCUAUCCUACAAUUAAUCUCCGAAUAGAAACAUAA